CGGCGCGUGUCACGUGGUGCGCGUGUCGAAGGUCACGGCGCGCUCACAAUGGAGCUCUCGGAGUAUGUGCAGAAAGGCUUCCAGAUGCUGGCCGAUCCUGGCUCCUUCGACUCCAACGCCUUCACGCUUCUCCUCCGGGCGGCUUUCCAGAGCCUGCUGGACGCCCAGGCGGACGAGGCCGUGUUAGAUCACCCAGACUUGAAACAUAUCGACCCUGUGGUUUUAAAACAUUGUCACACAGCAGCUGCAACUUACAUACUGGAGGCAGGAAAGCAAAGAGCUGACAAGUCGACUCUAAGCACUUAUCUAGAAGACUGUAAAUUUGAUAGAGAGCGAAUAGAACUGUUUUGCACGGAAUAUCAGGUUACUUAUUUAAAGUUUUUUAAAAUUAAUAGUUACUAUUUUUCUUCUCUUUGCAAAGAUGUGUUUUCUUUCUUUCUUUUCCCCCUCCAGAAUAAUAAGAAUUCCCUAGAAAUCCUACUGGGAAGUAUAGGCAGAUCUCUUCCUCAUAUAACUGAUGUUUCUUGGCGUUUGGAAUAUCAGAUAAAGACCCAUCAACUUCAUAAGAUGUACAGACCUGCAUAUUUGGUGACCUUAAAUGUAGAGAACACUGAUUCCCGAUCCCACCCAGAGAUUAGUUUUAGUUGCAACAUGGAACAAUUACAGGAAUUAAACUUUCAAACCAUCUUUAAAUGGUUUUAAGUGACUUUUUAUAAAGAGGAAGUAUACAUAAAGUUCUAAAACUCUUUCAUAUUGCCAAUGUAAGACUGGAAACAUUCAAAACUACGUUGAUUACUGGACAUGGUAACGAAUUUAUUUCUUACCACUUAAAACAAUGAAGAACAUUACUUGAAAUUUUUAUGAAUUUUGAAUUUUUCAAAAGGCCUCUCCUGUGGAAUUGUCUUAAUGCAACCAUUAAUCAAACUUUAAACUUUCUCAGAAAGUGUGACUACAGCGUAAUUUUUGUUAGGUAACUGGAGAAAUUUAGUUCUGACCUAUCUUGCCUGUUGAGACGAUUCGGUUAGAAAUUGUAUCUCAAACCUGAGGGGAGAGUGGCCCAUUUGAAGAUGAGCGAUUUCAGAGGGGAACCUUCUUUUGAUCGAUAGUGGCUUGCCAAAGGUUAAAACCCUCGUGAAUUUUAAACUCGUUUAGAAAGUGCCCCGACUUUUUUUCUUGCAUCUUUCUCAAACUUGGAUACUUGUGUCUUGUGUUUUAUCCUAAAAACGUGGCAUUAUAAACGUC